AUGAGCUCCAUGGAUGCUCACUGGAGGACGUCCCUCCAAGACGACAUCCGCUCCUCCGAGGCGGCGCUGCAGCGCCUGCGUGGACGACAGGCAAAGCACGAGGCUUCGCGGAAGUUGCUCGCCGCCGCCUUUGACGCCCCGCACGUGUCGCCGCUGGGCCUCCCGCCGCACCUCCCCUCAUCACAGGCCGAGCUCGCCGACAAGUUCAUUUGUCUGCAGUCGGAGGUGAAGAAUUGCAUGACAGAGCUAGAGACCGAGCGAGUUGUGCGCGCCGACGGCGUCCGUGAUGUGCAGCGGCACGUCAGCAUCCAGGUAGGGGAGCUGAAAGCGAUGUUUCAGCAGCUCAAGAGGGAAAACGAGUACCUGACGGAGACCGUCCGGCUUCUGGAGCGACGACUGGCGUCGAGCGCCGCCGUUGCGCCCUCUGGCCGCGCGGAUGUGGCCAUCGCUGUCGAGGCCGGUGACGCUGCGGCGACUGCGGCGGCUUCCGCCCCGGCCGGUCUCGUAAAACGCGUGGAGGAGCUGGAGUCCACCGUGACGCGGCAGCGGCGACUGCUGGAGGAUCGGCAAACACGACUGGACGGCGUCCUCCGUGAGAUGGUGGGGGUGCGGGUAGACGCCGGUAUCGAGCGGGUGCGGUCGGUUGCCCGGGAGACCGCCAGGGACUCCGUCGAGGAUCUGCUGCGGCUGCGCCUUGCGGCGGUGCAGGGCAUGUUUAACGGCGAGCUGCAGAAGGUGAUGCAGUCCAGCGGGGUCACCGCCGAGGUCGCGACCGCCACGGAGAGGCUGUUUCACAAACUAGAAGAGGAUCUCCUGCGGCGUGUGCAGGAGGUUAGCACCGCGGUGGAGGUCGUUUCGCAAGGCAGCCAAAAGCACGCGAGCGCCCUUGGCGACGUGGAGCGGCGCCUCACGCAGAAGCUGACGGCGUUGGAGCGGGAGGUGGAGGCGUCGCGGCGCGAGAUGCGGGAGGGCAUCGCGCAGAACGCACAGGCGGCGGAGGAGCGCGCCGCCGCUGCCCGGCUCGCCCUCGAGUCCGCCGUGGCCGAGCGCAUCGCCGAGGCGCGUCAGGGCACAGCCAACAGGGAGGAAAUCGUGGCGGCCGUCACAGCCGCGGAGGGGCGACUCGAGCAGCAGUGCGCCGCCGUGCGGAAUCGCCUCGCUGCGGCCCUGCGGGCGCACGACGCCGACGCCGAGAGGCAUCACAAGCAGGUGACGCAGCUGGAGGAGCGCCUGAAUGGGCUUCAAGACGCCACGGAGGAGGUGCAGCGGGAGGUCGCCCGUGUCGACCAGCUCGCGGCGGGGGCGAAAGGGGAGGUGGAGAAGUGUGGGCAGCGCAUCCGCGAGGCCCUCGUGGCGGGAGAGGAGGCGCGGGCCGUGGCGAACGACUUCGCUGCCUGCGCCCAAAAGGCGGAGGACGCAGUACGGGAAGGCCUCGUUCGCACCAACGUAGACCUGCAGAGACUCACACACGAGCACGAGAGAAGCACCGUUCAGGUUCGCCAGUUGAGCGAGAAGUUAAUUGCCGCCGAGGCACACCAGGCCGCCGCGCGUGCGGUGCUUGAUGAGCUCACGAAUACGUGCCAAACCACCGUGACGCCGCUGGCCGCGCGGCUAGACGCGGUGCACCGGACAGUGCAGGAGGUGUGCCUCCCUAAGCUAGAAGAAACGUCACAGGCCGUCGCGGAACUGCAGAAGCGGCAGGAACAGCUUCCGGCCGACAUCUCCUCCCUGGCGAAGACCAACGCUCGGCAGUUCUCCGACCUUCGGCGUGAGAUCUCGAGUGGGAUGCAGAGCGUGGAGGAACGCGUUCUUCAGGCCGUGCGUGAAGCCCAGCAGGAGAGCAGCACGGCCGUAACUGGACUGCGAACACGCGUCGACAGCCUCAAGGCAUCCGUGAAGGCACACGACGAGUGUUUUGCCGCCAAGAAUGCGCUGGACACGCUCUCGGGGGAGCUCACGGAAAGGGUGCUGGCUGUGGAGGGCAGAGUCGACGCGGUGGCGCGCCAGUUGCGGGAGGACGCCAAGGCAUCGCCGGCUGCCUCCGUGCCGGCGGUGACCGCGCCCCCGCACGAAGAAACAGAACGCGAGAUGGAAAAAUUGCGGCGUCUUGUGGAGGAUACGCAGCGAAACACCGCCAGUGUGCGGGAGGACUGGGAGCAGCAGAUACGUGCGAGCAUGCAGGAGGAUGUGGAGGGCGUCAGACGCCUCUUGCAUCGCCUGCGUGAGGACACCGCGUCACAGAUGCAGAAGUUGCGUGCAAUGCUUGGCGAGGAGGCGGAGGACCGCUCUCAGCGCGUGGAGGCGGCGACACAGGGGGAGACGCAGCGCCUGCGAACGCAAAUAGACUGCCUGCGUGAAGCAUUAGGCCCAAGGCGUCUCGUGUCCGCCAUCUGCGACGACGAGGAGCUUCUAAGAGAGGUGGCUGAGGCGUUGCGGGGUGUCUUUGCGCCAUGCAGCGAGACGGCCGACGCCAUGGCGCGCGUAAAGCAGAAGGUUCAGCAGGCAGAGCAGCGACUCGGCGAGUUGGACGCCCGUUGCGACACCCACGCGCGUGAGUCAACCCAGCGAAUGGAGAAGUGCGAGUCCUCGCAGCGCCACCACGCCGAUCGGCUGGCCGCGCUGGAGUCGCAGGCGGUGACGGCGGCGGAGGUGUGCAGACGCGGGCGGGAGGAGGGCUUUAAGGACUGCAAGCGCGAGGUGGAUCUGCUUUCAAUGCAGUUUGACGAGCGCGCGGCGGCGCUGCAGAGCGCCUCUGCGGAGUUGGAACUGCAGACACGCUCCAUGCUGUUUACGCUGCGAGAGUUGAAGGAGGAGCAAGCAGCGCUGCGGAAGGAAGUUGCCAUGCGGGCCGCAGACCCGACGAAGGACGACGACGACGACGACGUGACGACGAUGUCAACAACGAGACGGAGGCGUGGAAGUCGCAGGUGA